AUGUUGUCUUCAAAUGAUAAAAUUAUUUUUCUCACUGCGGUAUUUUGUUUCGCAUGGAUCGAAGCAAUACCAACCGGAGAUGUCCAUAAAUACUACUUCAACUCAAAAUUCAGAAAAAUAACUUCAUACGAUUGUCCUGCAAAUUCAUCUUUUACAAAAACACCACAAGUUUGUGUACCUUCUUGCGACGAUCCAGAUCCUACUUGGUGUUUCAGAGACAAUAUGAGCCACUGCAUGUGCAUUGAAGGCUACGUCAAAAACGCAACUGACGAUUGCAUAAGAAUCGAAGACUGUCCCAAUAUCAAGCUAAAGUCUGCAGAAGCAUUGGAUGAUAAUUCCAACGAUGAGAAAGAUGCGCCGGAACCCAAACUACCGGAGAUUGAGGAUGUAACCGACCAACUCAGUCGUGACGAAUGGAUAAAGAGCCUCGAAGAUAUGCUUUAUGAUCUCUAUAAAAAUCAAACUUCAGUACAAACCGUUGAAUAAUAAUCAAUCAAUUUAUUACAUUAAUUUUUAUUCUUAUUAUAUCA